AUGUCAGGUGCCAAGGCCAUUCAGCACGAUCUGGCGACGUACCCGUUGAACAUUCCGUCCAAAACACUCUUGGCGGUGGCUAGUAGCGUUGCCAACGCCAUUGGCGGCACCUCCGGAGUGCUCUACACAAUCUUCUUCACGGCAGCUGGAGCUACCAUGGCCACCUAUGACCACGGGCAAGAACUUGUCCAGACCAACAAAGCUUCAGCUUGGGUGGAGAGCUUUGCGUCUGGCGUGGUGGCAAUCCAGAAGUAUGGCGGCGCCACUGAAGGGUCCCGUACAAUGCUGGACGCGAUGCUGCCGGCCCUUCGCACUGCCCAGCAAACGAAUUGGUCGACACAGUUGGACGGGGUGGCGGCGGUUGCUAAGGCGGCAAGUGCCGGCGCGGACGCCACCAAGCGGAUUGCGGCGCACGAUGCGUUUGGACGUACGAGUUAUGUUGGUGAAGAGGCUGUCAAGAACAUCCCGGACCCUGGAGCCAUGGCGGUUGCGGUUUGGAUUCAAGCGCUCGUACCACACUUGCAAACGGAAUAA